UCUCCAGCAAUGGUCAUGUGGUGACAUCAAAGAUGGCAUUCUGAGAGGUAAUCAUUGAAGUCGGACAUCACUGACGGCCUAGGUGGGAAACUCACGGCCCGCCGCUGAAUUUGACUAAAUCUGUUGCAGGAUGCUGCAAAAGUGCACGCUAUUCUGAAUGUCAAAACACGAGCAGGUUGAAGGCGGCGCCACGCCGAGAGGCACUUCCUCUUCUUAUGGUGGCCGACAAACGCAGCAAAGAGGAAGACGCAAUCGGCUCGGUUUCAGAGCGCCAUGCCAGUCGUUUCCCCGCAGAGAAGAUUCGGCGUUGUAAAGACGUGAACGCCUCAACACACACCCAUGACGUCACGGUGAACUAACUGUCAGGUUGGGCAGCAGCAGGUGAAGAAAUGGAAGAGGAUCAAGAGCCGUGUCAGGAGUCGUCUCCAGCUACAGUUCUGGUUUCAGAUGCGCCCAAAGUGCACCGUAAACCCGAAUUAAAGCGAUACAGCGAGAUCUUCCGAGAGUUUGACAACCUGGAUUUGUCAUUUAUCCCCGCUGACAAAGAUGACCUGCUGUCGGACACUAUGGAGUUCGCAACUAGCGAGAACUCGGAACCUGCAGAGCAACAGGAACCAUCAGAACGCUGCGUGACCAUCGAGGAAGAUGGGAACUCCUCAGCCCACGAAGCCGACCUGGUGCUCUGCCACUGUGAAGACGGCGUGGAGACGGCCCUGCAGUACGCCAAGAUGUGGUGCCGCUACGCCAAAGACCUCCUGGCCUGGAUGGAGAAGAGGAUCAGCCUGGAGCAAGAAUUUGCCAAAAAUGUCAUAAAGACGUCCGAGGCGGCAAAAGCCAGCUUGACGUCCCAGGAAAUGAUGCCCCUGCAGCACAUCUACACCAUGGCUCUAGAACAAGACCAGAAGAAUUGCUUUAACUCCAAGAAGACUUCAGAGCUGGUGCAGAACCGCUGCUACCAAGCCUUGGCCGCCAAGAGGAAUGAGAUUGACAAGUGGCGCAGAGAAUUCAAGGAGCAGUGGGUGAAGGAGCAGAGGAAGAUGAACGAAGCGGUGACGUCGCUGAAAAAGGCCCGCCAGCAGUACUUCCAGCGCUGUGACGAGCUGGAGAAAGCCAAGACUGUGGACGACACGGGAGGGAUGAAGACUCUGGAUAAGAGGAGGAAGUCCAAGGAUGAAGCCCAGACCAAGGUGGCAGAGGCGGAGCUUCUAUACAAGCAGUGUGUCCAUGACGCCAGGAUCCACCAGGACGAGCUGAUCAAAGUCAAAGAGAGGAUUAUUUCCCACGUUCGCAAGAUUAUCUGUCAGGGAGACACGGUGCUAAAGCAGGUGACGGUCAACAUGUUUUACUACCAGCGGCUGCAGACCGAGGAGGUUCCUCUGGGGUACCACAACCUGGAGCUGACCUGCCGCUCCUUGGAGCCCGGGGAGCCAUACAUGGCGUACAUACGCGGCAGACAAUGUCAAGAACAGCCUCCGCAGAUCUUCUCCUUCCAGGAGUACGUGGCUCAGGGGAAAAGGAACAAACGCAAAACCAGCAACCCUCUCAGUUCCCUGCAGGACUCCUCGCCUCUGAGAGACGAAAGUCCCUGCAGAUACGGGCGAUUCGGCCUCCGCGACAGCGAGAGUAUUGAAGGCAGCUUGGAAUCUCUGUCGAGUCCUGCCCACUGUGCUAGGAGGCUUCACAAAAUACCGUUCAACUUGCUCUCGGACGACACGGAUGAGCGCGACGUGGCGUCUGAAUCUGAGUGCCUUGAUGGUCAACAGGUGAAAGUGCGCACGCCGUCCCGCGCCGCUCAAACGCACCGACUCAAAAAGCUGAAGACCAAGAUGGUGAAAUGCAAGCAGUGCGACAACUACAUUUACGUCAACGGGGUGGAAUGUGAGGAGUGUGGGCUGGGUAUGCACAAGAAGUGCAUGGAGGCGUGCCAGAUCGAGUGUGACAACAACAAGGGGACGGUGUUUGGCGUCGCGCUGUCUCUGUUGCUGCGAGACACGCGGGACCACGUGCCCUUCGUGGUGCGACGCUGCACGUCUGAGAUUGAGAGUCGGGCUCUCUCUGUCCAGGGGGUGUAUCGGGUCAGCGGGUCCAAGCCUCGUGUCCAGAAGCUGUGCCAGGCCUUUGAGGAGCAGAAGGAGGGCGUGGACCUCUCGGAGCUGUCGCCGCAUGACAUCACCUGCAUCCUCAAGCACUUCUUCAAGGAGCUCCCGGAGCCGCUGCUAACCUUUAACCUGUACAACGACUUCAUCGCGGCGGGGAAGAGCAUCCAGCACUUCGGCAACUGGGAAUCGAUGCAAGACACUAACGAGUUCGUGGAUGUGACUCGCAGCCUCCAGAAGCUCCUAGAAAGACUUCCUGACUGUUGCUACAGCACGUUGCAGCACCUCAUAUUGCACCUGCAAAGAGUUUCCAGAAACAAGGAGAACAAGAUGUCCUCCAGCAACUUGGGCAUUGUGUUCGGUCCCACUCUCCUGCGUCCGCCGGUGUCGAUAGACCAGCCCACGGUGGCCCUGCAGGAGAACACCUACCAGGCCCUGCUGGUGGAGUUCCUCAUCACGCACCACGACCGGGUCUUCCUGCAGAGAGCCGGCAUGCCCGCCCCUCAAGUCCCCAUGGAGACUCCUCCUAGGGGACGUGGCUGUCCUCCGGAGGGCGACAUUGAGUCAAGACCGGAGCAACGGACAUCCUCCAGGGAGCGGCCUUACUCCCUAGAAAGCGAGAGAAUGAAGCGAGAGUGGAGUGAGGGUUAUAUAUCUGACAAGUCUUCAUCCAAUGAAGCAGUGGACCAGCUCAGCCCUGACGCCAAUCAGAGAGCAGUCGUGGCUAUGAGCUCCACCCGCCUCAACCCAACGGGGGACUUUGUUUUGUCCAGGCCGCACUUCCGCUUCACCAGGCAGCCCGUCAAGUACCACCGCCAUCACAACCCCAGGAGCCGACCCCCCGCCACCGACCAGAGCGCCGCCACCGGACCCCCUGCGGCUCCGCCGGCCGCGCCGGGCAGCGCCGACAGCAGUCGCAGCUCCUCCCCGGAGCAGCGAGCGCCGCGCUUGCCUCCUCAGGACGUCUGCUCGCCGUGUCCCCGGACCACCGCCGCCGACGCCGCUGCUCCUCUGAGCCCGCGUGAUGUGGUGCAGUACAUGCUGGCGCUGGACGGCACGCCCGCGCUCACUUUGGCCGACCUCAACAUCAACAAUAAUUCUGCACGGAGGAAGACUUUCUCUCCCAAGGCUCUUCCUGCGGAGCAACACUUCACCUCGCCCGCACAGAAGAUUCUGUCCGGGCUGAAGCUGAGACGCAGCCACUCGGGGAAAGAUGAACAACUUUUUGUAUGAGGACCUUCCAGCAUGGAUUACUCUUACAUUCAUUUCUACCUUUUCUACACCUUUUUUUGCAAAUUGUACAAAAAAAACCCAAAACCAGUGAAGUUGGCACAUUGUGUAAAUGCUACACUGCAAAAAAUGAAAUCUAAGUAAGAUUAAAUAUCUCAAAUAAG